CUGGCCGCCGGUUUCGAUUAGUGCACGGAGCUGCGGCGGCGGAGCAGGGUGCGGAGCUGCGCGGCCCGGGGUCCCGCGGCGAGGCGGCGGGGCGUUGGCAUCUGGGGCGCAGGCGCUCAAGGACCGGCCGGCGGCCGUGAGGGUGUGGAGAGGCGAGCCGGAGCGUGGGGGCCACUGCCGCUCUGACCACGGAGCCCGGCCACCGCAGCGCCCGCAGCCGCGAGCGCGCCCAGGGCAGCGAGGGAACGAGUGCGCGCGGGCGGGGCGCGCAGGCCCUGCCCGCCCCUUCCGUCCCCACCCCCCUCCGCCCCUUCCUCUCCCCACCUUCCUCUCCCCUCCAGCGCCCCCGCGCCGGGCGCCCACCCUGUCCUCCGGCGGGAGCGCGGUCCGCGCCGGCGGCCGGAGCGGGCCGGGCCGGGCCGGGGGAUGGCGCUGCUGGACCUGGCCCUGGAGGGAAUGGCCGUCUUCGGGUUCGUCCUCUUCUUGGUGCUGUGGCUGAUGCAUUUCAUGGCCAUCAUCUACACCCGAUUACACCUCAACAAGAAGGCAACGGACAAACAGCCAUAUAGCAAGCUCCCAGGUGUGUCUCUUCUGAAACCUUUGAAAGGAGUAGAUCCUAACCUAAUCAACAACUUGGAGACAUUCUUCGAAUUGGAUUAUCCCAAAUAUGAAGUACUCCUUUGUGUACAAGAUCACGAUGAUCCAGCCAUUGAUGUAUGUAAGAAGCUUCUUGGAAAAUACCCAAAUGUUGAUGCUAGAUUGUUUAUUGGUGGCAAAAAGGUUGGCAUUAACCCUAAAAUUAAUAAUUUAAUGCCAGGAUAUGAAGUUGCAAAGUAUGAUCUGAUAUGGAUCUGUGAUAGUGGAAUAAGAGUAAUUCCAGACACACUUACUGACAUGGUUAACCAAAUGACAGAGAAAGUGGGCCUGGUUCAUGGGCUGCCCUAUGUAGCAGACAGACAGGGCUUUGCUGCUACAUUAGAACAGGUGUAUUUUGGAACUUCUCAUCCAAGGUCCUAUAUCUCUGCCAACGUAACUGGCUUCAAAUGUGUGACAGGAAUGUCUUGUUUAAUGAGAAAGGAUGUGUUAGAUCAAGCAGGAGGGCUUAUAGCUUUUGCUCAAUACAUUGCUGAGGAUUACUUUAUGGCCAAAGCCAUAGCUGACCGAGGUUGGAGGUUUGCGAUGUCCACUCAGGUUGCAAUGCAAAACUCUGGCUCUUAUUCAAUUUCCCAAUUUCAAUCCAGAAUGAUCAGGUGGACCAAAUUGCGAAUUAACAUGCUUCCCGCUACAAUAAUUUGUGAGCCAAUUUCAGAGUGCUUUGUUGCCAGUUUAAUUAUUGGAUGGGCAGCCCACCAUGUAUUCAGAUGGGAUAUUAUGGUAUUUUUCAUGUGUCAUUGCCUGGCAUGGUUUAUAUUUGACUACAUUCAACUCAGGGGUGUCCAGGGUGGCACACUGUGUUUUUCAAAACUUGAUUAUGCAGUAGCCUGGUUCAUCCGUGAAUCCAUGACAAUAUACAUUUUUUUGUCGGCAUUAUGGGACCCUACUAUAAGCUGGAGAACUGGUCGCUACAGAUUGCGCUGUGGGGGCACAGCGGAGGAAAUUCUAGAUGUAUAGCUACAGCUUUGUGACUGUACAUAAAGGAAAAAAGAGAAGUAUUAUAAAUUAUGUUUAUAUAAAUGCUUUUAAAGAUCUACCUUCAGUAGUUUUAUCACAUGUAUGUUUGAUAUCUGUUCUUUAAUUUAUUUUGCAUGGCACUUGCAUCUGUGGAAAAAAAAAAAAAAACCCACAUCUGUAGUCUUGGCCAAAUGGUACCCUUUGUUUUGUGGAAGUAGAGAAUCAAGAGAAUUGGUUCUAGGAACCUGGCUUUGGUUUUUGUUGUUGUUUGUUUAUUUUUUAAAAUAAAUAAAUAUAUAUAUAUAUAUAAAAUAUAUGAAUGCUCUGCAGCAAACACUAUGACAGUAUCCUUCAGUAGAGAAAGUUUCUUACUUGUCAGUACACUCUUUUAGAACAUUUAUGGGAUGGCAGCAGCUUUGUUUUGGGGUUUAGAAAAGACUAGAAAGUAAUCACUUUACGGAUCUAAAGUGAAUGGUGUCACGUGGUGAACAGUCCACGGUGAGGUACUAAGAAACUUUUUCAUGCUCUAUGCCUACCUCUUGUAGUUGUUGCAGAGCAAAUAUAAAUUGUAAUAAGGUAGCUAGGCCUUGCAAAAACAAAUGGAAAAACUUUAAAAAUAAUAAUAAAAGAGCUGGAGUCUAGUAUUUAUAUGAAUCUGUGAGAGAUAUUUUUUUUUUUUUUUUUUGGUCUCACUGCAAUGAACCAAAAGUGGUUGAGUUUGGUUUUUAAUUGUAGCCAUGUAUUGAAGGCAUCCUUUUGACCAACUCUUGUUGGUUCUGUCUUGAACCAUUGUUAAUCACUGUGCUGGUAGACCUUUCCUUCCCUGCUCCUCACCUGCCCAAGUCCCUUCUUCCCUUUUUUUUUCGGGGUGGGGGGGGUUGUUUUAGUGUGAGUGGAUGUUUUGAUAGUUGUGAGGAAAAAUGCAUUUCAGACACAUUUCACACAUGAGCUAUUUUCUUACACAGUAUGUCUUGUUAAAAAGAAUGUAAUUUCAUGAUACAGGUAUUUAAUAUCUUUUUUAAGUAAAUAUUCUAGCCAUCAAAUAAAUUGCAGUAGAGUAUUAAGUGGGGACAGGAUGAGUUUUACUCUUAAAAUUAAUCAGUAUCAAACUAAGUCUACUGUGUGUGUGUGUGUUUUUUUUUUUUUUACUCUUACAGUUAGUCUAGUCUUAUUUAAAUUGGAUUUUUGUAUUCCAGUUUGUAUGACAGAAUAGAUCAGUGCUAGUUGUAAAUGCAUGCUGUAUGUCACUUUUCUCUCCCCAUCAUGCCGCUGAACUUGCUUGUCAGGUCGUGCUUAACUUGUGGUGAACUGGACUUGUUUUUGUUUAAAAAAAAA